AUGUCUAAUAAGAAUAAUAAUAAUAGUAGAGGAGCAGGUGACGGAUCAAACUCAUUGUUGACCAAAGAACAACAGGAACUAGUCAAACCAUGGGGAGACUUUACCAACUUUAUGGCAUCACAUGGUGUCAAACCGUGGCAGUUUGAUGAAGCUAUAGAGUUGUUAGAGUACUACAAAAGACAAGAUCAGGAGGAAGAAUCGGAUGACGAAGAGGACUAUCAAGAGGCAGAUGGUGACUUUGGUCAUCUUUCACACAUGUUUGACAAAAAGGAUAGAGCAAUGAUCAAAGAGUCUUGGGGAAGUGUCCCAAACUUUUUCUUAUCAUAUAAUAUCAAACCAUGGGAUGUAGAGGAAGCAAUCGAUUUCUGGGAGUCUUUUAAAGAGAAUCUAGAGAAUCUACAGAAUCAAGAAGAUGAUGAUGAAGACGACAAUAAUGUUUACAACAAUCAGCAGCAGCAACAACAACAACAACAACAACAACAACAAGAUGAUGAUGAUGAAGAGGAUUAUGAAGAACAAGAUGGUGAUUUUAGUCAUUUAUCAUUUAUAUUUGAUAAACAGGAUAGAGCAAUGAUCAACAAGUCCUAUGGAAGUGUUCCAAACUUUUUCAUUACAAAUGGUAUCAAACCAUGGGAAGUAGAGGAUGCUAUCAGUUUCUGGGAUGAGUUCCAACAACGUAUUUACGGGUACACCAAGAACAACAAAAAGAAGAAUACUCCAUCUGUUAAAUCAGAGGUUCAGCCUAAAUUUAACAACAAUCAAAAUAAUAACCAAAAUAACAAUCAAAUUAAUUAUAAUAAUAAUAAUCAAAUUAAUCCUAAUUAUAAUCCUAAUUAUAACAAUAAUCAAAUUAAUUAUAAUAAUAAUAUUAAUCCAAAUUAUAACAAUAAUCUAAAUAAUAAUAAUUAUAGCAAUAUUAAUCCUAAUUAUAACCCUAAUUAUAACAAUAAUAAUAAUCAAAAUAAUAAUAACUAUAAUAAUUAUAGCAAUAAUAACAUCGCACCAGUUAAAUCAGAGGUGGAAAGUAAUGAAAAUAAUGAAACCAAUGUAAGAGGUGGAUACAGAGGUAGAGGUGGAAGAGGUAGAGGUGAAUACAGAGGUAGAGGUGGACAUCAAAAUAAUUAUAAUAAUAAUAAUAUGUAUAAUAAUGAUCAAAAUAAUCAAAAUAAUGUUGACGUUACACCCGUUAAAUCCGAGGUAGAUGGUAAUAAUAAUAAUGAAGCCACUGCCAGAGGUGGAAGAGGUGGAGGAUACAGAGGUAGAGGCGGAGACCGUGGUGGAGACCGAGGUGGAAGAGGUAGAGGCGGAGACCGUGGUGGAAGAGGUGGUGAUAGAGGUGGAAGUGGAUACAGAGGAAGAGGUGGUGACAGAGGUGGAGAAAGAGGUAGAGGCAGAGGAGGUAGAGGUGGAGAAAGAGGUGGAGAUCGUGGUGGAAGAGGUGGUCAACAAACCAACAACAAUCCAUAG